AUGAUGUGGUCAUUAGGCACUGUAUUGGAACUAGACGAGCGCGCACGAAUGGCCGAAUUUAUGACUAAACUGCCUGUCAAAAUGGAUUGGCCCCGUGCCAGGUCAAAGGAGUGGGUCAUGCCUUUCGAGUAUAUGGUAAAUGAGUCUGGCGUUUGGCAACAUUGGUCUGAAAGCGUAGAGGAUUACAUUUACCCAUCAGACAGCGUACCAGAAUAUGCAUCAAUUCUUGUCCCAAAUAUAGAUAACGUGUGUAUCUCGUUCUUGAUUGAUACUAUUGCUAAGCAGAAUAAAGCUGUAUUACUCAUUGGAGAACAAGGAACGGCCAAAACUGUCAUGCUAAAAAGUUACAUGCAGAAAUAUGACAGUGAAGUAAAAUUAUUUAAAAUUGUAAAUUUUUCGUCUGCUACCACUCCUAACAUGUUUCAGAGAAUAAUCGAGUCAUAUGUAGAGAAACGUGUGGGUAUGACGUACGGACCUCCUAGCGGCCGAAGUAUGACAGUCUUCGUGGACGAUAUCAAUAUGCCAGUAGUAAACGAGUGGGGUGACCAGGUAACUAACGAAAUAGUUCGGCAAAUGAUGGAGUACGGUGGAUUUUAUUCGUUAGAUAAACCUGGAGACUUCACUAUAAUUGCGGACAUUCAAAUCUUUGGUGCUAUGAUACAUCCUGGUGGUGGUCGCAAUGAUAUUCCACCUCGCUUGAAGAGACAAUUCAAUAUUUUUAACUGUACUCUUCCUAGCAAUAUUUCUAUGGAUAGAAUUUUCGAAACCAUAAGUGCGGGCUAUUUCUGUAAGACCCGAUUUGAUAAAAAGAUUGUAGAGUUUAUGCCAAGGCUGGUACCUGUGACUCGUAUAAUUUGGCAACAAACAAAGGUUAAGAUGUUGCCGACUCCAGCGAAAUUCCACUACGUGUUUAAUUUGCGUGAUUUAUCAAGAAUUUGGGAAGGCAUACUGUAUAUCAAGAGAGAAGAACUGCAAAGUAUAGUAACUGUGCUGAAAUUGUGGUUCCAUGAAUGUGUCAGGGUUAUUUCAGAUAGAUUUACCACAUUCGAUGAUAAGGAUUGGUUUGUGGCCAACUUUUGGAAGACCGCAGCUCGUGAAUUACCCGAUGUUGUUAACGAAUUUCCAACCGAAGAAACAUUUUUCGUCAACUUCCUUAGAGAGCCCAUUGAUCCCACAGGCGAUGAGGACGAGGAUUUCAGUAUUGAAGCUCCUAAAAUAUAUGAAGAGAUACCUUCGUGGGAAUUUGUAUUGUCAAAACUAGUACAGUUCCAAGAACAAUUUAAUGAACAAAUUAGAGGAACGCGUUUAGAUUUAGUCUUUUUCCAUGACUGUAUGGUGCAUUUGUUUAUUAUAUCCCGAAUCAUAAAUACUCCUAGAGGAAAUGCUUUGCUUGUUGGUGUCGGUGGUUCCGGUAAACAGAGCUUGACUAAAUUAGCUUCAUUUAUAGCAAAUUUCAGAUUUUAUCAGAUCACGCUAACGAGGGCAUAUAAUGUCAACAACUUUAUGGACGACAUUAAAGUUUUGUACCGUGUAGCGGGAUUACAAGGUCUAGGCAUUACAUUUAUAUUUACCGAUAAUGAUAUUAAAGACGAGCAGUUCCUGGAGUUUCUUAACAAUAUUCUCAGUUCCGGCGAAAUCGCUAAUCUCUUUAAUAAAGAUGAAAUGGAUGAAAUUUUCAACCAACUGACACCUAUAAUGAAAAAGUUUGCACCAAGAAGGGUUCCCAUUCCAGAUGUGUUAUAUGAAUACUUUAUAAUGCGAUCCAGAGCUAAUUUGCAUGUCGUUUUAUGCUUUUCCCCGGUAGGUGAAAAAUUCCGUAGUAGAGCCUUGAAGUUCCCUGGACUUAUUUCCGGAUGUACAAUGGAUUGGUUUCAAAAGUGGCCAAAGGAGGCACUGAUAGAAGUUGCUCAACAUUAUCUAGCUGACUUCGAGGUUGUCUGCUCAGCGGAAACUAAAAAUCAGUUGAUCGAAGUAAUUGGCAUGGUUCAAGACAAUGUUGCUGAAGCAUGUUCAACGUACUACGAAAGAUUUAGAAGGCAGACCCAUGUCACCCCGAAGUCUUAUUUGUCUUUCUUGGAAGGAUACAAGGUUUUAUACAAGGAAAAACAUACUAAUAUUGCAGAAAUGGCAAAAAGAAUGACUACCGGUUUGGACAAGUUGGUUGAAGCUGCAGCAAGUGUGGAUAUUUUGAAAAAAGAACUGGAACUAAAAGAACUUGAAAUAAAGGAAGCUAGUGCUAAAGCAGAAGAGGUUUUGGAAGCCGUGGCUGAGUCAGCGGCAGCUGCUGAAGUAGUAAAGGGAGAAGUAUUGGCUGUAAAGGAACGUGCUGUCGAGCUGGUCAAUGUGAUUGCUGCAGAAACGGCAGUAGCUGAAGACAAAUUAGCAGCUGCGAAACCCGCUCUGGAUGCAGCUGAAGCUGCAUUAUUGACUAUAAAUGCUGCUGAUAUUGCAACGGUACGAAAAUUAGGCAAACCGCCAUUCCUGAUUACUCUUAUUAUGGACGCUGUAAUUAUUCUCUUCAGAAAACGCAUUGAUCCUAUUAAGCCUGAUCCCGAUAGACAGUUUUUAUUUGCUUCUUGGGGCGAGUCUUUGAAGAUUAUGGCUGAUGCAAGAUUCUUGAAUAAUCUUAAAAAUUAUCCAAAGGAUGAAAUUAACGCGGAAAUGGUUGACUUGUUACAGCCGUACUUCAAUUAUAGUCAAUAUACUUUUGAAGCCGCUAAAAUUGCAUGCGGUAAUGUAGCGGGGUUAAUAUCGUGGACCAUAGCAAUGGCACAGUUUUAUGCGGUGAACAAAGACGUGUUGCCGCUAAAGGCUAAUCUAGCCGUCAUGCAAGGCAAGUAUCAAGCCGCUAAGAAAGAACUCGAAGCUGCCGAAGCACAGCUAGAAUCCAAAGAGCGAGAAUUAGCAGACGUUCAGAAACAAUUUGAUGAGGCAAUGUCAUUGAAACAAGCCGUGUUGGACGAUGCCGCCAAAUGCCAGGAGAAAAUGGAUGCCGCAAUAGCGCUUAUUAACGGCCUUAGCGGAGAACGUGUGCGAUGGACAGAACAGUCAACGUUAUUCAAGUCACAGAUAGAGCGGCUGGUGGGGGACAUUUUGUUAUUAAUUGGAUUUUUGUCAUAUUCAGGACCUUUUAAUCAAGAAUACCGUAACUUAUUGGUUACCAACUGGCUCAGCGAGUUGAUAAAGCGUAAAGUACCAGUAUCUAUGAACUUAAGCAUAACAGAGGAACUUACUGACUCCGCCACGAUUGGAGAGUGGAAUUUAUAUGGAUUACCAACGGAUGAGUUAUCGAUACAGAAUGGAAUAAUCGUAACAAAAGCUGCUCGUUUUCCACUACUUAUAGAUCCACAAACACAGGGCAAAAACUGGAUCAAAAACAUGGAGAGAUAUAAUGACCUGAUUAUUACUACACUAAAUCACAAAUACUUUAGAAAUCAUAUUGAAGACUGUGUUUCUCUCGGUAGACCUCUUUUGAUAGAAGAUGUAGCAGAAGAGUUAGAUCCCGCUUUGGAUAAUAUUUUGGAGAAAAAUUAUAUUAAAAUUGGAUCAACAUACAAAGUCAAAUUGGGAGACAAAGAAAUUGAUGUGAUGCCCAGUCAUAAAAUCUAUAUUACCACUAAAUUACCUAAUCCUGCUUACACCCCAGAAAUAUCUGCACGUACUUCUAUAAUUGAUUUUACAGUUACUAUGCAAGGACUGGAAGAUCAAUUACUAGGUCGGGUGAUACUAACAGAAAAAGCAGAGUUGGAAGCAGAACGCACGCAACUAAUAGUAGAUGUGACCUCAAACAGGAGAAAGAUGCAAGAACUGGAAGAAAAUUUGUUACACAAAUUAACUACGAUACAAGGGUCUCUCGUCGAAGAUGUUACUUUGAUUCAAGUGCUAAAUGUCACAAAGGCAACAGCCACAGAAGUAAGAGAAAAAUUGGACGUAGCCAAAGAGACUGAAUCAAAGAUCAAUGCGGCUAGGGAAGAAUUUCGACCUGUAGCAACUCGCGGGUCCGUGCUGUACUUCUUGAUCUGCAAUAUGUCGCUCGUUUGCAACAUGUAUCAGACUUCGCUCGCCCAGUUCUUGGAACGUUUCGACAUUUCUAUGGAAAGAUCGACACGGAGCCCCAUUACAACGAAGAGGAUCAUGUUCAUUAUUGAUUAUUUGACUUUUGAUGUUUUUAAAUAUAUCAGCCGUGGUUUUUAUGAGAAGCACAAAUAUUUAUUUACUGUUUUGUUAACGCUUAAAAUCGAUUUACAAAGGGAAUAUAUUACACACGAAGAGUUCCAAACAUUUAUAAAGGGUGGUGCCGCCUUGGAUCUGAAUGCAUGUCCGCCAAAACCAUUUAAAUGGGUUACUGAUAUGUCGUGGUUAAAUUUAGUACAGUUGUCAAGUUUGCGACAGUUCACUAACAUUCUAAACCAGGUGACUAGCAAUGAAAAGGGUUGGAAAAGUUGGUUUGACAAAGAAGCCCCAGAAGAUGAACCUCUUCCAGAUGGUUAUCAUACACUAGAUGUUUUUAGAAAACUGUUGAUGGUUCGGGCUUGGUGUCCAGACAGAACAUUAUCACAGAGUUUAAAAUAUGUUAUAAGCUCAAUGGGUGCUAAGUUUUCUGAAGCUGUUAUUGUAAAUUAUGAACAAAUGGUUACCGAGGCUCGUCCAUUAGUGCCCCUUAUUGGUUUCCUGGCAAUGGGUUCGGAUCCGACGCCUUCAAUCGAAAUAACGGCAAAGCGAAUGGAAUGCAUUUGUUCGUCUGUCUCAAUGGGGCAGGGGCAGGAAAUUCAUGCCAGAAAACUCAUUGAUCGUGGUCUAAAAGAGGGUAUAUGGGUUUUGCUUCAAAACUGCCAUUUAGGUUUGGAAUACAUGGUCGAAGUUAUGGAACAAUUCGCUGAACUUGAAAAGGAACCUGAGAAAGUGCACGAAACAUUCAGGCUGUGGAUUACUACAGAAGUCCAUCCAAAGUUUCCAAUUACGCUGUUACAAAUGUCUAUUAAAUACACUUGUGAACCACCAUCAGGAGUCAAGGCUGGCCUCAUGAGAACGUAUGAUGCCAUGAGUCAAGACUUUUUGGAUUAUAGUGAUAGUCUAUUUUACUUGCCUUUAAUUUACAUGAUAUCGUUUCUUCAUACUGUGGUGCAAGAAAGACGCAAGUUCGGUCCUCUAGGUUGGAAUAUUCCUUACGAAUUCAAUUCUGCGGAUUGGCUAGCUUCUUGUAUGUUUAUACAAAACCAUCUCGAUGACUUAGAGGCUGGACAGCCAAUUAGUUGGACGACAGUACGUUACAUGAUAUCUGCUGUACAAUAUGGCGGGCGGGUGACCGACGACUACGAUAACCGCCUGCUGGCCACAUUUUGUAAGGUGUGGUUCACCGACCAACUAUUUUCGGAAGACUUCCAGUUCUAUAAGGGUUACGGUAUCAUGUCUUUUAAGAACAUCCCAGAAUAUAUUGAGGAAAUAGAGAAGAUGAAAACAGUUGACCCACCCCAAGUUUAUGGCUUGCAUACAAAUGCGGAUAUAACAUAUCAGCGAAAUGUGACGCAGGAGCUUUUGGAUACAAUAUUGUCUAUCCAACCAAAAGAGUCUAGUUCAGGCAGCGGUGAGACGCGCGAAGCAUCUGUAUAUAGACAAGCUAAAGAGAUGCUCGAAAAAAUUCCGCCUAAUUUCGAUCCACACGAAGUGAGAGAAAGAUUACGAUUUUACGGCAUACUUAAUUCGAUGGUGAUUUUCUUACGGCAAGAGAUUGAUCGAAUGCAAAGAGUUAUAACGUUGGUUAGAAACACUUUGAAGGAUUUGUUAUUGGCAAUAGAUGGUACUAUUAUAAUGAACGAGGCUUUACGAGAUUCUCUAGAUAAUAUAUACGAUGCCAAAGUGCCAAAAUUAUGGCUGAGGAGGUCGUGGUCGUCAUCCACAUUAGGUUUUUGGUUUACUGAGUUUCUGGAGAGAAACUCGCAGUUCUUCAACUGGUGUUUCACGGCGAGACCGAACUCAUUUUGGAUGACAGGCUUUUUUAAUCCUCAAGGUUUUUUAACGGCCAUGAGACAAGAAGUUACUCGUGCACACAAGGGAUGGGCUCUUGAUAUGGUGACUUUACACAAUGAUGUCACUAAGUUUAGUUACGAAGAAAUCAAAGCGCCUCCGCCAGAAGGUGUGUAUGUCCACGGUAUGUUCCUUGACGGUGCGGGCUGGGAUCGACGCAACAUGCGUUUGUGCGAAUCCACUCUUAAAGUUCUAUACGCUCCGCUGCCUGUCGUGCAUAUUUAUGCGAUCAACUCUACGGCGCCUAAAGAUCCCAAACUUUAUCACUGUCCUGUAUACAAGAAACCAUGUCGGACGGACUUAACUUUUAUUACGCCUCUUUGGCUGCCUACAAUAAAACACCCUGAUCACUGGAUCCUAAGAGGAGUUGCCAUAUUGUGCGAUAUUAAGUAA